GCAGGCGGGGCUGGGGACGGGACCCGACGGUGCUGCGCAAGGUCGUGUCCAGCCUAGCGUGGGCCUGUGCCCUAACUCCUCCCACUCCCUUACUUUCCGUCCUUCCGGGGCCCUGCAGUCCGGCCAAAUUUAGUGGUAUCCUUUCCUAGCGUCUCCUCUUUGUUAACCCUUCCUACAGACACAGUGGGCAGAACUUGCCUAAAGAAGAAAGGAAUGGAAGGGCUAGUGGAGUCUUGUUGGGGAGACAAGGACCUAACUGCCUGUGGACUGCAGUCGGGUUACAGCAGAGAACCCAUUUGCUCGUUUGGUUUAGCAAGGAAUAGUGUUUGGGGCCGGUCCAACUGAAGGAAGGGUGAGCAGAGAGUGUGCAAGCAGGACCCUUGUCGGUGGGUGAACAUUUUGCUCCAAAAGGGAUCCUUGGCCCUGCGCGGGUCAGACCUACCACAUAGUCUCUUUGAUUUGAACCUCUCUGAGCACAGGUGGAUUUCAGUGUGUUCUUUGGAUGGCAGGCCUUAAGAGAAGAGUCCCAAUGCACAGCCUCAGAUACUUCAUCUCCAUGGUGGGUCUCUUCUCCAAAUCAGGACUGCUUCCCUGGUAUGCCAGAAAUCCACCAGGAUGGUCACAGCUCUUUCUGGGCACAGUAUGUAAGGGAGAUUUCACCCAUGUGAUAGCCACGAAGUGUCAGAAAGGACAAAAAAGUCAGAAGAAACCAAGUCAUCUUGGACCACUAGAUGGUUCCUGGCAGGAAAGGCUGGCUGAUGUUGUUACACCACUCUGGAGGUUGAGCUAUGAAGAACAGCUCAAGGUGAAAUUUGAAGCUCAGAAGAAAAUUUUACAAAGACUAGAGUCUUACAUCCAAAUGCUCAAUGGAGUCAAUGUGACAACGGCUGUACCCAAAUCUGAGAGCCUCCCUUGUCUUCUCCAUCCUAUUAUACCCUCUCCUGUCAUCAAUGGUUACCGAAAUAAGUCCACCUUCUCUGUGAACCGAGGUCCAGAUGGCAAUCCAAAGACUGUGGGGUACUACCUGGGAACUUGGAGAGAUGGGAACAUUGUCUGCGUGCGGUCUAAUAAUCUGAAAAACGUCCCUGAGAAACACAGUCAAGUGGCACAGUACUAUGAAGUAUUCCUUCGACAGUCUCCAUUGGAGCCCUGCCUUGUAUUUCAUGAAGGUGGAUACUGGCGUGAGCUCGUAGUCCGCACCAAUAGCCAAGGGCACACAAUGGCUAUCAUCACUUUCCAUCCCCAGAAAUUAAGUCAGGAGGAGCUCCAUGUUCAGAAGGAGACUGUAAAGGAAUUUUUCAUCAGAGGUCCUGGAGCAGCCUGUGACUUGACCUCACUUUACUUCCAGGAAAGUACCAUGACCCGUUGUAGCCAUCAGCAGUCUCCCUAUCAGCUUCUGUUUGGGGAACCCUACAUCUUUGAAGAACUUCUGAGUUUGAAGAUCCGCAUCUCUCCAGAUGCCUUUUUCCAGAUUAACACUGCUGGUGCAGAGAUGCUGUAUCGGACUGUGGGGGAGCUGACUGGAGUGAACUCUGACACCAUCCUUCUUGACAUCUGCUGUGGAACUGGUGUGAUUGGCCUCUCUCUGGCUCAGCAUACAUCUCAGGUCCUCGGGAUUGAAUUGGUGGAGCAGGCAGUGGAGGAUGCAAGAUGGACUGCAGCCUUCAAUGGCAUCACCAACUCUGAAUUUCACACUGGUCGAGCAGAGAAGAUUUUGCCAGGGCUACUAAAGUCAAAGGAAGAUGGACAGUCAAUUGUUGCUGUGGUGAACCCAGCCCGUGCCGGACUGCAUUACAAGGUGAUUCAAGCCAUUCGAAACUGCAGGGCCAUCCGCACGCUAGUUUUUGUUUCCUGCAAGCUCCAUGGUGAAUCUACUAGGAAUGUCAUUGAGCUGUGCUGUCCUCCAGACCCUGCUAAGAAGCUCUUAAGCGAGCCCUUUGUCCUGCAGCAAGCUGUCCCUGUGGAUUUGUUCCCCCACACCCCACACUGUGAGCUGGUACUCCUCUUCACUCGAUAAGCAGCCUCCUAGAAGACUGCAGGCUAUUUGUUAAGGCUGAAGUUUCAGAAACUUUCAGGUUUGGCAUAUUGCUACAUUGCAGACCCUGGGAGCACUACAGUGGAAACCAACCUUUGGUUUGUGAAUAGGAAGAAUGUAGUAGGCCUCUGGUCUGAGGCAGACUUUUUUUUUUUUUUUUUUUGAGAUGGAGUCUCAUUCUUGCCCAGGCUGAGUGUCGUGGCAUGAUCUUGGCUCACUGCAACCUCCACCUCCCGGGUUCAAGUGAUUCUCGUGCCUCAGCUUCCCCAGUAGCUAGGAUUACAGGUGCGUGCCACCAUGCCUGGCUAAUUUUUGUAUUUUUAGUAGAGACGGGGUUUCGCCGUGUUGGCCAGGCUGGUCCCAAACUCCUGACCUCAAGUGAUCCACCUGCCUUGGCCUCCCAAAGUACUGGGAUUAUAAGUGUGAGCCACCGCACCCUCUCAAGGCAGACUUAACCUUAGUUUUCAGAUUCCCUUUCAAUCAUGCCCGUUUGCUUGGGUUUGACCACCCCCCACUCCUGGUUCUGUACUGUUUCUUCCUAUUGCUGUCAGCCUUGGUUUUAGUUUAUAGUCUUGUCUCCUCCAUUUGAUUCUGCUUAUGGUGUGGACAAAUGACCUUUUUUUUAGCAGCUGGUAAUAAUUUUACAUUGACUGGAGCCUGUGCAUUUGCUCAGAGAUGCUACAAUUUUUAGAUAUUUCUAAGACUUCUGGAUUCAUGAGGUAGUUAAGGAUUAAAACCAGACACAGUCGAGGUUUUUUAAAGCAGAGUAAGCCAUGAAGUGAAUACCAGGUGACUGAUCAUUAGAUGAGAUUAAUUCUUUCGGGUUUUCUUGGUUUUAAGGCAUCUCGAAUGCCCCUUGAAAAUGUAGUUAUCACUGGUGGUGGGCACCUGUAAUCCCAGCUAUUUGGGAGGCUGAGGCAGGAUAAUUGCUUGAACCUGGGAGGUGGAGGUUGCAGCGAGCCGAAAUCACGCCACUGCACUCCAGCCUGGGUGACAGAGCAAGACACCAUCUCAAAAAAAAGAAAAGAAAAUGUAGUUGUCCCUAGGAACAAUAGCACCAAUGAACUCUCACCAAUGGAGGAAGAAUUGGUUAUUGGAGAGACCCUAAGGGAAAGGAGAUUUUCAAAGAGACUGAAUACCUAUAACUGUGCUGUGUAGUGUGGAGGCAAAAGCUCCAAAAUCUAAUACAGCAUAAUAAACUGGAUAUUGAAAACUGACUAUA